AUGACUUCUCGACUAACGACCCCGACACAUGGACCAGAUUGCGAAUAUUGUGGUGAUCCAAGACACACUCGUGAGACUUGUUUUAAAUUGCAUGGCUAUCCCGAUUGGUGGGCUACUCUUAAAGAUCGAGGACAACGCAAUACGACCAGUAAUGGUACUGGUUAUGGAUUCCAUACUUCCGCUAAGAUUGAUUCCAGGAGUUGGAUAAUUGAUUCCGGUGCAACUGAUCAUAUGACGUUUGAUCCUGAUGAUUUUCUGAAUACUACACAACCUCGACGAACCUGUAUUGCAAAUGCCAAUGGUGUUACUUAUCCUGUGACAGGGGCUGGCACUGUUGCACUCUCAUCCUCUCUCACACUGUCUAAUACUUUACUUGUUCCAUCUUUAUCCACUAAAUUGUUGUCCGUUAGUCAGCUUACUGAACAAUUGAAUUGUUGUGUACUCAUUUACCCGAGUUUUUGUUUGCUUCAAGAUAUUCACACUAAGGAGAUUCUUGGUUGUGGUACUAAGAGAGGGGGGCUAUAUUAUGUCGAUGACUUCAGUCCUGGCAUGGCUAACAGUGUGACGCAUCCCUUUGAUAGCAAACAAAAGCAAAUCUGGUUGUGGCACCAUCGAUUGGGACAUCCGUCUUUUAGUUAUAUGAAGCAUCUUAUACCAGAUUUAUUCUCAGGUUUCAAGGACUCCGACUUCACAUGUGAUACUUGUAUUUUGGCCAAGAGUCACCGUGUGCCCUACCCGUUAAGUACGAACAAGUGUACUACUCCAUUUACGUUAAUUCACUUUGAUGUCUGGGGACCUUCACCUAUCACUGCUCCUUCUGGUGUUCGAUGGUUUGUCACGUUCAUAGAUGAUUGUACACGGAUGACAUGGCUUUAUUUGCUGAAGAAUAAAAACGAAGUGUUUUUCCCGGUUUCAGUCCUUCCACAAACAGAUGAAAACUCAACUUACUUCCAACAACAUGGAAUUAUCCAUGAGACGACUUGUCCUCAGACACCGCAACAAAAUGGUGUUGCUGAACGAAAGAAUCGACAUCUUCUUGAAACCGCUCGAGCACUUCUGAUUGGCGCUCAUGUUCCUCGCCAUCACUGGGAUGAUGCUAUUGUUACUGCAGUUCACCUAAUCAACCGCAUGCCUUCUGGUGUAUUGACCUUUAAAACUCCCUUACAGGUGCUUGCGCAACACAGACCUCUGCCCUCUGUUUUGGUACUCACACCCCGAAUCUUUGGAUGUGUGGCUUUCGUUCAUCUCCACAAAAAUCAACGUAGCAAACUUGAUCCCUGUGCGCUUCGUUGUGUUUUUGUGGGUUAUGCCACUCAUCAGAAAGGCUACCGUUGUUAUCACCCUCCUACCCGACGUACCUAUGUCACUUUGGAUGUGACCUUUCUGGAAUCUGAGCUGUUCUUCCAUGACCCAUCAUCCAAUUCUACGCUUCAGUGGGAGAUACAAAGUGAAGAGCAGAAUUGGAGCAACUUGGAAAACGAAGAAAUUCUCCUAUGUACAAAAAUGAUUGAUCAUCCUGAGUCUGGAGCACAAGAUUACUCUAUGCCGAAAAGCGACCAAUCGCCCAUUCAUAGCGAUCAAUUACCUAACCCACCUGAUCCAUACCAAGAUAUUUCUUAUCCGAGUCUCACACCUACAGACAAUACAGAACAACAAGAUGAAGACCCCCCCUCUAACUCAACAGUACCAACAAACCAAUCUCCUGAGAAUAUCCUUGAGGUAACUACUCCUACUAGACUUGUGCAUUUAGAGGAUAAAACUAUUGGAUAUCAAUUACCUUUUAGGCAAAAUCGUGGGAAGCCACCAAACCGCUAUUCACCUGAUAUUGGCAAGACAUCCAAGUAUCCAAUUGCAAAUCAUGUAUCCACUGAGAAGCUGUCUGAACCACUCAAGGCUUUUGUGCAUCAGUUGUCUGCUAUCCAUAUUCCAACCAAGGUCUCUGAAGCAUUGAAAGAUCCUAAGUGGGUCCAAGCUAUAAAAGAGGAGAUGAAAGCUCUUGAGAAAAAUCAGACUUGGACAUUGGAGACUAUACCACGAGGAAAAAAGACUAUUGGAUGUAGAUGGGUGUUUACUAUAUAA